UAGCCAUCGCCUUCCUCGACGGGCGAAUAACCAAAUACGCUUGUGCAUGACUCCAAUUCAGGUGAACACAUUAUCCGCAUUCCCUAAUAGGCACUAUGGCAGGAACACUUACAGAAUCAGUUCCACACUAUGUUUCUUUAUUGUUGCUAUGAUUCUUGUUACGAGUUAAGGCGUCAUGUUUUUUUAUCUAGUCAAGUCAUUUUGGAGUCAUUAUUAGUUAACAUUUUAUUCCACUGCAUUGAACUAAACUGCUGAAUGUAUUUGAUGCCUUUGACUUAUCAGAAAUCGGUGUCUUGCUUCGGUCUGUUUGUUUAAACUUGUUUUUGGACGACAUAGACCGCAUAUAUGUUGGCUGGUAGCUUACCAGAAACAUUGCCUAUACUAUUUCAUAAAUAGUCUGUACUAAAUACUUCGUUAAAUAAUAUCAAGUAGAAAAUAGAGUUCAUAUAUAUCACUUCGACUAACUGAAGAUGUUCCACUAGUUUUAAUGAAUUUAUGGUCAACAAAAUGUCUUUAUGAGUAUACCAUGUUCAGGUAACACUCAACAGUGUAAGUUCAAUUUAUAAAUAAUCGAAUCCCACUGCAUUUCUUAGAGAGACAUUUAUAAAGUUGGUUGUCAUAAUAGAAUGAGUGUAUGCGUCAUGUGUAGAAUGAAAACUGAAAGCCGACGAAGGACCAUUGAAUGACAGACAUUUGGGUGUGAAUUAUUAACAUACCGUUAAAUAGAGUAUCUGAAUUAUUUUCCAUUUGCAAAAUUCAUUCUACAUUUGAAAGGAAGAUAUCGAAAUCUGAAUGAAAACUUCAGCUGCAAUCGGAUUCACACUAAUGACAUUCGUACAAAUGUAGUUUAUUUCAUUGUAUACUAAGUAAAACUGGUUGAACAUAUCUCCUUCCUAUCUGCUAAAUAUUGUUUGAUAUUGAUUCAGCUGUCUAUGCUAUUUGUAAAUCCAUAAAUUGUAUAUUACGAAACUGUGCUUAAAAUUAUUUAUUAGGAUGACAAGCUAAUUUAUCGCUUAAAUCGAUCUCUUUCUAUGCCAUCAUAAAUUGAUGUUAUGUCCAUUGUUGUUUCAGAUUAACAAGUACAGAACUAGUUCGAUUAGAACGCCAAUUGGGAAUGCACAUACAGUUGUUGACUACAAGUUUCCUGCUCACUUAUGAUUUUCCUGAUAUGCACGAAUCAACGACUCGACCAUGUGCAUCUCUUCUCAAAACUUUGGUUGCCAAGCGUCAGGCUUUUGAUUUAGUCGCGCUUCAAAAAAAAGUAUCCGGUGCAAUUCAUUCUGUAACUAGCUUCUAUUGGCGUUGUCCUACCCUAGACAUGGCUGUUGAUUUGAUUUCUGAUUACUCUGGAUUGUCUAUGCUUCCUCGUUUACCAUGGAAUCCUUAUAAGCAGGGAGUAGGACAUAUGUUGACUAAAUCGCAAUCAUUUGCCUUCCCGAUUCCAUACUGUUUAUUGGAUAUAAUGAUCAACAGUCCUAUUUGGUCUUAUGCUUAUUUAAUGCCUACCGUCUUGGGACCUCAUCCAAAAAGUCAUGUUCGGCUAGUAUUUCAUCCGUCAGAAGAUGCUUUGAUGAUAAUGGGACUGGCAGAUUUUUCAGGUGCUUUAACCCGCUGUCGUAGAGCUCUUGAAUCUAAAAUGUCUAGUCAACGUUGCUUCUCAAGAAGUUUAAAGUCUCAAAAUAAACAACCAGGACGUUAUAUUGCCUAUCGUUUAAUCGGUAGGUAUAUACUUCCACAUCGUACAUUUUUACAGCUGCGCUCUCGUCGAUGGAAUCUGUUAGCUAAUCGUGAUAGCAUAGAUAACGCAGGAGAUUCAAAACCCGUAUCAGUUGCCACUCGUUAUCUACUUCAACUAUAUAAGGAACUAAGUCAACCGGGUGAAGUAGAUCUUAAAAGGAUGCAACAAUAUGCUAAUGAAAUGAGUUCUCUUGCUAUUCCUUAUGGUAUACCACUGAUUACCUCAUGUUUAACUGAUAGAAAUCCUCAGGAACUGUUUACUUUCGAAGGACUUCCGACUGAAGUAGGUUAUGAGGAUGUAUUAAGUUAUAAUAACUUCUGCGAAAGCGUAAAACGCAAGUUGGAUGUACUAACUGAAUUCACGCAAAAUGUAAACUGCUUUUGGAAAUCUCAGAUGGAAAAAGCAUCUAGAACAGAAACAAACUACUUGUCGGUUUUAGACGACGAAUCCAUGAUCAAAUCAGAACAACCUACUCAAUGUGAUGUUCUCGGUCCAAAUUACCUACCUGCUAUACCAGUUGAUCUUAAUCCUGAUGGGUGAGUUAUCAUGUUUUGAACGGUAUCUAUGCUUGUAUAUAUAUACAAGCAAUUCGCAUUGAUCUGAAACACUACGGUUAGUUCUCGUAAGAAUACGAAAUGCUUUGAAAGCUGUUUCCGUUUGUACCGCUAACGAGCUAGUGUAUUCCAGAACUCUGCGACUGUUAAAUGGGUUCAUUU